CACCGCGCACUCGCCUCGCCGCUCCCGCCGCAGCCCCAGGGCCCCUCGCCACCGCCACCAUGGACGCCAUCAAGAAAAAGAUGCAGAUGCUCAAGCUCGACAAGGAGAACGCCUUGGAUCGAGCCGAGCAAGCCGAAGCCGAUAAGAAGGCGGCAGAGGACAGGAGCAAGCAGCUGGAAGAUGAGCUGGUGUCGCUGCAAAAGAAACUCAAGGCCACUGAAGAUGAACUGGACAAAUACUCCGAGGCUCUCAAAGAUGCCCAGGAGAAGUUGGAGCUGGCAGAAAAAAAGGCCACGGACGCUGAAGCCGAUGUAGCUUCUCUGAACAGACGCAUCCAGUUGGUUGAGGAAGAGUUGGAUCGUGCCCAAGAGCGACUGGCAACAGCUUUGCAGAAGCUGGAGGAGGCUGAGAAGGCAGCGGAUGAGAGCGAGAGAGGCAUGAAAGUCAUUGAAAGUCGAGCCCAAAAAGAUGAGGAAAAAAUGGAAAUUCAGGAGAUCCAACUGAAAGAGGCCAAGCACAUCGCUGAAGAUGCCGACCGCAAGUAUGAAGAGGUGGCCCGUAAGCUGGUCAUCGUUGAGAGUGACCUGGAACGCGCGGAGGAGCGGGCCGAACUCUCGGAAAGCCAAGUCCGACAGCUGGAAGAACAAUUAAGAAUAAUGGAUCAGACCUUGAAAGCAUUAAUGGCUGCAGAGGAUAAGUACUCGCAAAAGGAAGACAAAUAUGAGGAAGAGAUCAAGGUCCUUUCCGACAAGCUGAAGGAGGCCGAGACUCGGGCUGAGUUUGCAGAGAGGUCAGUAACUAAAUUGGAGAAAAGCAUUGAUGACUUAGAAGAUCAACUCUACCAGCAACUUGAGCAAAACCGCCGCCUAACUAACCAACUAAAGCUGGCUCUGAAUGAGGAUUAGACUCUAAGUGGGAAAGAGCUUGGGCUGAUUUCUAGGAAUGGAGCCCAUGGGCAGGAAAUCUAAGACUGCCGUACCUUCAACUGAUAGGGCUGACAACACUUGCUUUCCGCAGAAUUGUACAUGGAAGGAAUUAGCUAAAAAGCUGGCUUCACCUGCAUUUUCCUCUUAUAUCUGGAAUAACUAAGUUCUCUCUAAACCCCAAAACCGCUCUUGUCGUA